CGAUGAUCUUGUAGCUCACCUUGUAGUCAUUACAGCCUGCGGCUAUACAUAUUUGCGACCUUCAAAGGGUUAAAGAUGUGUAUAAAGGCUUCUUCCGGUCUCUUAUGACGAGUAAUAUCUAGCUUGAAGAAACAGACAGUUUACAGCUCUUAGAAGAGGACUUCGACAGCCUAGAAUAUUUGCCUGGCAGCAAUUAGUUUACCCUCUACCUGAUCACAACGCCCUCCGCUCUAUUCGUGUCGUGAAGACUUACUCAGUGAACUUCUUAAUAUCUACCACGUUUGGUAAUAAUACGUAUCCCUGUCAAAAAGGGAUAGAAAUCGACCGCUAAGAACUACAGAGAAUCAUCAUGUCUUCGACUGGAGGUACCGUCACCACUGGUGGACAUGCCAGCAGUGUUGGAAAUGCCAACACUGGUGGAAAUUCGUUCGCUGGAGCUUUGAAGCAAAGUCUCCCGAUGCCAGGACUAUCCGGCAGUGCUAAUGGGCCAGUUGGAAAUCUUCUCAAGGGCCCUGUUGAUGAGUCCGGUAAGCUCAAGGAUGCUGCUCUCUUGGUCGGAAUCAAGCUGGAUCUAGAGGCUGAAGUCCAUGCUACGGCUAGGGUCCGUGGUGAUAUUGUGGUUGGGCUAUAUUGAAGCAGAGUUUGGCAACGAGAUAUGGCAUGGCGACGUUAGAAUGGGCUACCGAGUCGCUUGUCAGGGCAUCAGAUUCUAUUAUCUUUCGGACUGUCAACACACUUCGGCAGCUUACUUGUCUGUCGUCAGCAUACAAUUCUGGGCCGUUGGGCCUAAAGGUUUCUUACUCAUGACUACUACGUCGCUCGCUUUCACGUUCACUUGAAGUUUCUCAGUCGGUUUACUUCUAUGAUAGUCCA